ACUCGUAGACCAAUAUAUGUCGCAGGAACAGUCUGGUGCUCACGUCAACUCGGAUAAAGAGAUUUCCUCAACCGAUGUUAAGUUUAUUAGUGUUGAUCAAUCAAGUCUGUAAUCGCAAUUAUACGUUUAGAGAUUAGUGAUGUCGGUAGCCACUCAGAGGACCAUGCAUUGCUUGAAAGUAUUACGUGUGACUAACUCGGCAGCCGAGUGUCUGGUAAAAGACGCAUCUAAAAUAUUUCGGUUUGGUAAAUACAACGGCGGUUUAGUAAACUGUCAUAACGUUCAACCUUCACAAUUCUUCAACACAAGCACAACAAGUCGGCACCAGCGGACUCCUACAGAUAUUGAUCAUGCGCAAGUCAAAAUGAGUAUGAGCAGAAAGGGCUUGUUUUCCGGAGUGGAGGACAUGCUUUUCUACACCAUCACCGAGGGACAGGAGCAGAUCCCUGUCUCUCACUUCAUCUCUGCCUUGAGAAGCACUGGUCUGCUGACCUCUGACCCCCGCCUGAAGGACUGUAUGAACAAGCUGCGUCACGUGGUCAGGGAUUCUGUGGGUGAUGUCAUGAUGGACCGGAAGCUCUUCCACAGAUGUGUGGGAGGAAACAUCGUCCUGCUGAUCCAAGCCUUCAGGAAGAAGUUCAUCAUACCAGAGUUCGAUGCUUUCGCCUCCAAGAUCAACCAGAUCUACGACAGGGUCCAGAAGCAGACUGAGGGGCAUGUAGCUGACUACAUUCCCCACCUGGCUAAGUUUAGCCCUGACCUCUGGGGAGUGUCUCUGUGUACCGUGGAUGGACAGAGACACUCCGUGGGGGACACCAAGAUUCCGUUCUGCCUGCAGUCAUGUGUGAAGCCUCUGGAGUAUGCCAUCGCCGUGCAUGAGGCCGGCACGGAGAAGGUGCACAGCUACGUUGGCAUGGAGCCCAGCGGUCUUAAGUUCAACAAGCUCUCCCUCGACGAGGAAGAUAAACCUCACAACCCAAUGGUGAAUGCUGGAGCCAUCGUCAUCAGCUCUCUGAUCAAGCCUGGUUCUAACAAGGCAGAGAAGUUUGACUAUGUGAUGGAAUUUGUGAAGAAGAUGGCCGGCAGAGAGUAUGUGGGCUUCAGCAACGCCACGUUUCAGUCCGAAAAGGAAACGGGCGACAGAAACUUUGCCAUCGGAUACUACCUCAAAGAGAAGAAGUGUUUUCCUGGUGGGGCAGACAUGAUUGAUGCUCUGGACUUCUACUUCCAGCUGUGCUCCAUCGAUGUCACCUGCGAGUCUGGGAGUGUCAUGGCCGCUACGCUGGCCAACGGCGGCAUCUGCCCAAUCACAGGCGAGCAUGUGCUGAGUGCAGAGGCUGUGAGGAACACGCUGAGCCUCAUGCACUCCUGUGGCAUGUACGACUUCUCUGGACAGAUGGCCUUCCACGUGGGCUUGCCUGCUAAGUCGGGGGUUUCCGGGGCAGUGUUGCUGGUGGUCCCCAACGUCAUGGGGGUGAUGUGCUGGUCUCCUCCGCUGGACAGGGUCGGAAAUAGUGUCCGAGGCAUCGACUUCUGCCAGGAGCUCGUGUCGUUGUUUAACUUCCACAACUAUGACAACCUGAGGCACUUUGUGAAGAAGCAGGAUCCUCGCAGACAAGAUGGGGAUGACAGGAACAAGUCUGUGGUCAACCUGAUGUUUGCGGCCUACAGCGGAGAUGUGUCGGCCCUGAGGAGGUUCGCUUUGUCAUCGAUGCAAAUGGAUCUGAAGGACUAUGACUCUAGAACUGCCCUUCAUGUGGCUGCAGCCGAGGGUCACAUUGAAGUGGUCCGGUUUUUGACAGCUGCUUGCAAAGUGAACCCUUUCGUGAAAGACAGGUGGGGGAGCUUGCCUGUGGAUGACGCCAUGCAGUUUGGCAACGAGGAGGUGGUGAAACUCCUCCAGGAGUACCAGCAGCUCUGCAAACAGACCAACACCCAGCAGGAAGCAGAGGAGCCCCCUAAGCUGGAGACAGUGGAGGGCAUGGUGUGACCCCCUGCUGGAGCCCCGUAAACUGGAGACGGUGGAGGGCAUGGUUUGACCCCCUGCCGGAGCCCCCUAAGCUGGACACAGUGGAGGGCAUGGUGUGACCCCCUGCCGGAGCCUGGACUGGACAGAAAUGUUUUACUAAUACUCGGAAUAGCAAGCAAUCCCACAAUAUCAUAGGAUUACUGAUACUCUGGUACUCUGAGUAUUCUGAGGCCUGCUCAGGAGAUGUGAAGUACAGCGUGUGACAUCCUGGCAGUGCUCUAGUUGUCUAGACGUCUAGCAAAUAUCUUUAGGUGAUGUAGGUGAACACUGUUCUGGCACUGUGCUCUCAUGAUAAAUGGAAUGUAUUUCCUCUACUAGAAAUCCAAUCCCCAAAGCAAGUGAACGCCUGAGAAUCCUGAAAAGGGAAUCAAUGUAAAUACUGCUUAGCUUAAUUGUAAAUAACAAAGUAUAUUUGCAAAUAAUUAUUUUACGGACACUGUUUGUAUUGAACUUAUUCUUCCUCCCUUGAAAUUCACCAAAGUGGUGGUGCCUUUUGUCAUUCUGAAUAUGA